GCUGUUUUUGGCUGCAAUUGCAUGAAAUCCCAAUGGUGUAGACCAGUGGUGAUGGAUCUAGGAGUUCACCAACUGAGACAUUUUUCAAUUUCUUUCUUGUCAUCCUUGCUGGAGACUGAAAACACUUCUGUGAGACUUGACAAUAGCUCCUCGGGUGCAAGUGUGGUAGCUAUUGACAACAAAAUCGAGCAAGCUAUGGAUCUGGUGAAAAGCCAUCUGAUGUAUGUGGUUAGAGAGGAAGUGGAAACCCUUAAAGAGCAAAUCAAAGAACUAAUAGAGAAAAAUUCCCUGGAGCAGGAAAACAAUCUGCUGAAGACACUGGCCAGUCCUGAGCAGCUUGUCCAGUUUCAGGCCCAGCUUCAGACUGGCUCCCGCCCUGUGACCACACAGCCCCCAGCCCAGCCAGCGUUCCAGGGCUCAGGACCAACCGCAUAGCCUCCCAUGCCCCUGAAGAACUGGCCGCUGCUGUCUGAACUGAACAGACCAGAGAAGAUGUACAAGGGGGAAUCCAUCCACCUCUACAGUCACCCAUUUCAUUGCUCACUGCACAAG